AAACCGUAUUAAGUUAAAAUAAAACUUUAGCGAAAUUUCAGCAAAUAGUUGUAGACGACGAUUCUGGAACGAUUAGAUAAGUCUUAUCUGGAAUCACAUGAAAAAGUCUGAUACGAGUUUGACUCUUGUGUAUAUAAGACGAUGGAAAAACAGAAAAUUUUAAGAGUUCAGAGUCAGUAGCAGCAGCUCCAUCCAGGAAAAUUAAUCCACUGAGAUGAAAGCAAUCGUGUUCACUUGUUUUCUCGUCGCCAUUACGGCAAAAACACUUCCUUUUAAUCCCGAUUACGACAAAGAUUGGGAAAUAUUUAAGGCAAAGUUUAACAAAACUUACGAGAAAAACGAAGAACUCGCCAGACGUCUGAUUUGGGAAGAAAAGUUGGCAGCAAUUACAAAACAUAACAUUGAAUACGAUUUAGGAUUGCACACGUUUACAACAGGACUCAACCAAUUUUCUGAUAUGACCCACGAAGAGUUCGUACACAAAAUGAAUGGACUGAAAAGACCAGUGAAUAUCACUUCUAAGCCCUUAUAUACUUUCACGCGCCUUUCUAAUGUAAUUUUGCCUGACACAGUUGACUGGAGAGAAGAAGGAUACGUCACGCCAGUCAAAAAUCAAGGGCGGUGUGGUUCUUGUUGGGCUUUCUCGACCACCGGAUCUUUAGAAGGGCAACACAAAAAGAAAACUGGUAAACUGGUUUCCUUGAGCGAACAGAAUUUGGUAGACUGUUCUCGGAAGGAAGGUAAUAAUGGUUGCGAAGGAGGACUGAUGGAUGAUGCAUUUGAAUAUGUAAAAGUAAAUAAAGGCAUCGACACCGAGGAUUCUUAUCCGUACGAAGCUAGGAACGACAAAUGCAGAUUUAAGCGUUCGUCUAUCGGCGCUACUUGUACCGGUUACGUGGAUGUUAAAAGUGGUGACGAAGAAGCCUUGAAACAAGCUGUAGCAACCAUUGGUCCAAUUUCAGUAGCUAUAGAUGCUAGUGCAGGCUCUUUCGCUGGUUACAGCGGUGGGGUUUAUUACUCAAAUAAGUGUAGCUCCACGGAUCUAGAUCACGGUGUAUUGGUAGUUGGAUACGGAACAACUAAAAACGGAACAGAUUAUUGGUUGGUUAAAAACAGCUGGGGUACAAGUUGGGGUCUUAACGGGUAUAUCAUGAUAGCUCGGAAUUGCAAGAAUAUGUGCGGCAUUGCGACUAUGGCCUCUUAUCCUUUGAUUUCCAAUGCAUACAGUUCUUCAAUUGAUAAUGAAUUUAAAACUAGAAGUUUGUGUACAUUCUUUGGCUUUAAAGAACUCCGCUUUUUGUUGAUAGUAUUUCCAGCUUUGGAAAAUAAUCUUUCUGCUGGAACUGAAGUGGCAGGAAUGCAAAGCCACUUCAUGAUGAAAGCAAUCGUGUUCACUUGUCUUCUCGUCGCCAUUACGGCAAAAACACUUCCUUUUAAUCCCGAUUACGACAAGGAUUGGGAAAUAUUUAAGGCAAAAUUUAACAAAACUUACGAGAAAAACGAAGAACACGCCAGACGUCUGAUUUGGGAAGAAAAGUUGGCAGCAAUUACAAAACAUAACAUUGAAUACGAUUUAGGAUUGCACACGUUUACAAGAGGACUCAACCAAUUUUCUGAUAUGACCCACGAAGAGUUCGUACAGAAAAUGAAUGGACUGAAAAGACCAGUGAAUAUCACUUCUAAGCCCUUAUAUACUUUCACGCGCCUGUCUAAUGUAAUUUUGCCAGACGCAGUUGACUGGAGAGAAAAAGGAUACGUCACGCCAGUCAAAAAUGAAUAUUUAUGUCCUGCUUCUUGGGCUUUUUCGGCCACCGGAUCUUUAGAAGGUCAACACAAAAAGAAAACUGGUAAACUGGUUUCUUUGAGCGAACAGAAUUUGAUAGACUGUUCUUGGGGGUCCGGUAAUGAAGGUUGCUAUGGAGGACUGAUGGAUCAGGCAUUUAUCUAUGUAAUGGCAAAUAAAGGCAUCGACACGGAAGAUUCUUAUCCGUACGAAUCUACGGAGAAGGAAUGCAGAUUUAAACGUUCGUCUGUGGGUGCUACUUGUACCAAUUUCGUGGAUGUUCAUAAAUAUGACGAAGAAGCCUUGAAACAAGCUGUAGCAAUCAUUGGUCCAAUUUCAGUAGCUAUAGAUGCCAGUCAAGAUUCUUUCCAAGAUUACCACGGUGGUGUUUAUUUCUCGUAUGAUUGUGACCGCAUAGAUGUAAAUCACGGUGCAUUGGUAGUUGGAUACGGAACAACUAAAAACGGAACAGAUUAUUGGUUGGUUAAAAACAGCUGGGGUACAAGUUGGGGUAUUAAAGGGUAUUUCAUGAUUGCUCGGAAUAGGGACGAUACGUGCGGCAUUGCGACUAUGGCCUCUUAUCCUGUGAUGUAAAAAAUUCUGUUGAAGACAAUAAGCGAAUGUUUUUUAUCGUUAUUUCUUAUAUGAAAGAAUAUUUCUAAUAUCAUUUUUGAAAAUUAACAAAGAAUGAAUUUACUUAUAUAAAUCAAUAAAUGGGAAAUA